AUGUCCCAGAGAUUUUUCUCAACCUCCGUCACGGGGUUGAGCCAAAUCUCCCUGGACCAAGCGAAGGAGCACGAACAGUUCUUGAACAAGUGGUACGACCCGAAGUUGUUGCAGUCGCUCAAGCUUGCCGAAGGGGCCGUGGACCCAUUGCACUACCAUGAAAAGAAGAGAUCUGACUCCAAGGCGCCGGACCUGAUCAACUACAACACCUACGCCAAGCUCCCGUGGGAGGAAACCAUGAAGAACCCGCUCUCCAUGGAGGACCGUCUCAGAUUGGCUGACAAGGUUAGCGGUGGGGCCAGGGCUGGGACACGUGAGAUCGCACAGGGGUUGGCGAAAUUGACCGGCUUGUCCGAAACCUACAUCUCCAAAUUGACCGUCAGGCCGUUACUUGUGAAGAAGGUUGUUAACCAGACCAAGAAGGGUAAGAUUCAGUCCAUGUACGCCAUGGUUGUUGUCGGUGACAAAAACGGAAUGGUUGGCUUGGGCGAGGGUAAGUCCAGAGAGAACGCUAGGGUCGCGUUGAAGCAGGCCCACUGGAACGCCGUCAAGAACAUGGUCCACGUGCCGAGAUACGAGGACAGAACCAUUUUGGGGAGCAUCGACCACAGAUUCCAUGCGGUCAAGCUCUUCUUGAGAUCAGCGCCGUCAGGUUUCGGGUUGAAGGUCAACCACAACAUCUUCGAGAUCUGCCAGUGUGCUGGGAUCAAGGACUUGGGGGGCAAAGUGUACAAGUCCAGAAACAGCAUGAACGUCGCCAAGGCGUUCAUCGAAGCCAUCUCCAAGCAGAAGACCUUGGAGGAGUUGGCCGUCGCCAGAGGUAAGAAGGUGGUCGAUUUGCGCAAGGCCUACUACUCUGCCUAACCUCUAUAAUGACCUGUACAUACUAGAAUCCUAUAACAGCAUUUGGGAUAUUAAGGAUGUAGACAGCAGUUUCCGGAGGGGACGGGCCGGUGGGUUAGUUUUAUACCCUUUGUAAAUUGCUGGUUUACUGGCAUCAAAAUUGUCGGUGGUAAGAGGAUGGAAAAUCCAUAAGCGAUUCUUCAUCGUUGACGCAAGAUUUGUUUAUGAGUUGGGUGGCGGUAAAGGGAAGCCAUAAUCACCAAAUGAUUGAAGUAAUUGUAACACGAUGGCCUAAGUAGACGGAGAUGAACUAGAGGUUGGAAAAAAAUUCAACGCCAGCUUCGCCUUUGAACCUGGCUAUGAUAAACAGAGUGAACGUACCAAGAAAUAAC